GAGAGAGAGAGAGAGAGAUAGAAAAGACAUGCCCGGCAAUUUCCGACGAUACUGUUCUGCUGAUACACGUUCCACGACGGAAGUAUUAUCCACUUCUUGGUCCAAUUAAGCGCGACGAGAACGAACGACGAUAUCGCCAAAGCUGCUACCGUCGCGGUACCAGUUAGUGUUAGACGUUCGUUCCAGGGACACGACGAUGAUACACGAUAUACCCAACAUGUAGGUAUUCGCGAAACGCGAGAUAAUUCUUCCUCCUCUCGUUCAAUCCCAUCCAGUAUUACGAAUCAUCGAGUUUGGCGUUUGAGAAUCGACAAUCGGAUGGAAAGUGAGAGACGGCUCGUUGUCUGCGAAUCCCCAUGCGUAUCCCCUCUUUCGAUUGUCGUCGUUAUUAUUAUCAUCGCGAUCGUUAUCAUCGAUACUCGCAUUCUCGUUGAUUCGACGCGUUCCGCCGGAACCUUCCUCGUGUGUCGAAAGGACGAUAUAGUGAUAACGACGGAAAACGUUGAAAACGCGAAACAAUGUCUAUAUGUGUAAUGUUAAAAAAAAAAGAAAACAAAACAAAAAGAAAAAAGAAAACAAAGAGAAAGAAUGAGAAAAGAAGAAAAUAAGAAAAGAAAAGAAACGGAAUCGUAUCAAAUCGAAAUCGUUUGAUAUAUCUUUUUUCGUCUUCUCUUUCCUUUCCCAUUCCCAUUCCCCUUUGUGAAAAGCGUUACGACGAGGAGUGAGAGAGAGAGAGAGAGAGAAAAGGGAUAAAAGGGUCGGGGGUAUUGACUUUUUCGAAAUAAGAAUCAACGAAGCAACGAGGCGGUGUACUUGUAUCGGACAGCGAGAUAAAGCGAGAGAGAAAUAGGAAUUGUGUCUCGGCUAUAGACGUUCUUAAGGUACCGAGACGCGUCGCAAGUGGUUCAUUAUUCUCGCUUCCCCUAAUGGCUUCGCUCGGAGCUAUUAUUCGUUGCAAUUAUCUCGCCGUGGUCGUAGAAUCGAAUCCGUCGUCGGUACGUUUCCCGUUGAAUCGGUGGAACGGAAGAAAAAAAAAUAAAAUGUCGAAAAAGAGGAAGAAGAUCGACGCUCGUAAGAUUUAAUCGUAAAUAAAAUUGAUGUCUAUCGGAUUUGUUAGUAGAAAAAAAAAAAAAAAGAAAAAAAACACAUACCCGCGCGCGCAAGAAAAAAGAAAAGGGAAAAAGCAAAGGAACAAAAAAGCAAGAGGAAAGAGAUCGUAAAGAUCGUACGCCGGUAACGGUUGGCGUUUCUUAGCGAUCUUCUUCGUGAAUGAAUCCUCACGAACGCGAAGCGCCGCGGCCGAGCGGUUGGUUCUCGGACUCGGAGAUAUUACCUGUCUGUAUACGUGGCUAUCCGCUGUCGCCAAACGAUGAACCGGUUCAGUGUGGUGUCGACAUUUGGGACGAUCGUAUGCAUUUCGAGAAAGCUAUGCUCGAUCGGGCCUCGCGAUCAAUGCCAUAAAGUCAUCUCUCUCGUUUGUCCGGUAAAAAGGAGAAGGGAAAUAAAAACGGUGGAAGAAUUUGUUCAUUUCAUUUUGUUAUUGCCAUGUAUCGUUGAUUCUUUGCUUUUGCUCUCGCGAGUGUUUUUUAUUUAAAUCGAUCGAUUCGUACGACCGAUCGUAAAGAUAGAUGAAUUUGAAGGAGAUCAUGAACGCUUACUUAUGCUUUGCUAUUCGUCUACGAUAUAAUAAAACUUAACGCGACGAAUUCUAACGAUACUGUUUUUCUUAUUCCUUCUCUCUCUCUCUCUCUCUCUCUCUCUCUCUCUCUCUCCCCCUCCUCUCUCACUCGCUCUCUCAGACCCUUUCUCUUACGAACGGGUACACCGAGUAACCCCCGUUACUUUUAUUAUUUCUGCGAUAAUAUUUCGUACUGGCUAAUUAGUCGGCGCACGAAAACGAAAACGGUCCGGAAGCGUUCGAACGAGAGCGCCAUGUGUAACGAAAAUCAUCGUUCAUUCAAGUGUUGACUCGAUCAACUGACACCGGCGAUAAGUACGGCGAACGUUCGUCGUUCGAAAAGAGAAGCGAGGAUUUUGAGAGACGAUCGGACGAAUUUUUUGAAGUGAACCAACCAAAGUUUUUCCGUUCGAGCAGAAAAAUUUAGGAGAAGGAAAAGAAAUAGAAGAAAAGGGAAAGGAAAAAAAAAAUGGCAAGAAGGAGCAGUCUUAUGUGCACGUUCGAACCACCGCAAGAGCCAAGAUCUCGUUUUCGCACGAAAGGUGUGAUCAUAAUUGGUAUCGUGGUUGCAGUGAUCCUCAAAAUAAUCAUUGCCAUUGGUCUUUACGCCAUUCAUGACAGUUUAAAAUAUCGCGAAAAUGAAGGAACUCUAUUGCCACCAGAUCCGGAGAACAACCAGCCACCUUCUUGGAGCAAAUUGAGGGUGUUUAAACGUGGCGCUGUUUGCGCCGAUGGUGCACCAUGCGCCGUCAUUGGCAAAAAUAUCUUGGAAAGAAAUGGCUCGGCGGUAGACGCAACGAUCGCCUCUAUGAUCUGCAACGGUCUUGUAAACAUGCAGAGCUUGGGUCUGGGCGGUGGAUUUCUCAUGACGAUUUACGAUAAAGCCGCUGGUCGAGCUUACGUAUUAAAUGCAAGAGAUAGAGCUCCGUUAUUGGCCAACGCGACUAUGUACGCUGGCAAACCGGAGCACGUUUCCUCGAUAGGACCUCUUUCCAUCGCCGUGCCUGGUGAAUUAGCCGGUUACGGGGAAGCUCAUCGAAGAUUUGGCAAAUUACCAUGGGCGGAUCUGUUCGAACCAAGUAUAGAACUAUGCGAAAAGGGUUACACGUUAUCCAAGAUCCAGUACGACGGGUUUGGAUAUAACGAAAAGAAUAUUUACACGGAUCCUACCUUGAGGAAACUGUUCGUUGAUCCAAAAACAAACAAAUUCAUCAACGUCGGUUCGAUCGUAAGGCCCAAAACGCUCUGCGAGACGUUAAGAAUAAUCGCUAAAGAGGGUGCUUCGGCAUUGUACAACGGAACGCUCGGUGAGAUCGUUGUGAAGGAUCUGCAAAAAAGAGGCAGUAUCAUUACCAUGAAGGAUUUCAAUGCAUACGGUGCUACGUGGGAGAACCCAAUCGAGGCAGAGUUUUCCAACGGAAUAAAGCUUUUUACCCCGGGUACACCGGGAAGCGGGAGCUUGCUCGAUUUUAUUCUCAACGUUUUCGAUGGCUUCCGAUUUACGUCGGAGAGUUUGUCGGACUUCAACUCAACGAUUCUAACUUAUCAUAGAAUGUUAGAAACUUACAAAUACGCCUAUGCCCUACGGGGUAACAUGGGCGAUAAGGAUUUCGUGAAUAUGACGGAGUUAAACAAUAAUUUAACGUCGAAAGAUUACGCGAAUCAAAUAAGAAUGAAGAUAGAAGACACAAAGACUUGGAACGAUCCGGGACAUUACGGGGCUUCCUUCGAUAGCGGUGCCGAGGAUCAUGGAACGGCACAUCUUUCGGUUUUAGCGCCAAACGGUGAUGCGGUGUCGGUUACCAGCACGAUUAAUUAUUACUUUGGAAGCGGAGUGACGAGCGAGAGAACUGGUAUUCUGUUUAACAACGCCAUGGACGACUUCGGGAUACCAUCGAAAACGAAUUACUUCGGGGUUCCACCUAGUCCCAAUAAUUACAUCGAACCUGGAAAACGACCGAUGUCAUCGAUGGUACCUACGAUCUUGAUCGAUGAAAAUGGUAACGUGAAGAUGGUCGUUGGUGCCUCGGGUGGCACUAAAAUCACGACAGCUGUCUCUCAGGUGAUCGCUAAAAUUCUAUGGAUGGGAAACACAGUUAAGGAAGCCGUUGAUGCCCCAAGAAUACAUCAUCAGCUGUUUCCGGCUGAAAUGGCUUACGAGUAUGGUAUACCCAAACAAGUGAUCGACGGUCUGAAGAAUUUGGGAUACAAAACGUCACGUUACAGGGAACGUGGUAGCGUGGUGUGCGUAAUUUUUUGCCACAACGGUACCAUCUAUGCGAAUGCGGAUUACCGAAAGGGUGGCGACGUUUACGGAAUCGAUUGAACGAGCGCCGAACGAAUUAACUCGUACGAUACUUUUGUCAUGAAAAAGAGAAAACGCACGAGUCGUUUUCUAGUAAAAUUAUUCCCAAUUCCAAUAAAGAGUUUUACACGCUA